AUGGCUCCCGAAGACAUGGAGAAAACAACCUUCAUGACAUCCAGGGCACUUUCUGCUACAAGGAAAAUGGUUACGGGAAGGAACAAUGAUGCCAUUGCUGAUGUAUUGAGGAUGUUGGCUGGAUCCCUUGGUCAGAUUCCUCAAGUGAAUGUCGGUAAUAGAAAUGGUGUAAAUGAUGAGUGUCUUGCUUUGGGGAAAUUCCAGAGGAACAAUCCUCCUAUCUUUGAGGAAGAGCAUGAACCUGAUAAGGCUCCAACUUGGUUUAGGCGGUUGAGAAGAUCUUUCGACAAGGGAAAUGGAACUGUGGCGGAGUAUGCUGCAAAAUUCCAAGAGUUGAUCAAGUAUUGUCCCCAUUACAAUAUUAUGAAUGUGGAAAGGUCGAAGUGUUUGAAGUUUGUGAACGGUUUGAGGCAUGACAUUAAGAAGGCUAUUGGUUACCAACAGAUCACUCGUUUUGUGGAGUUGGUUAACAAGAAUCAAAUUUAUGAUGAGGAUAGUAGGGAGAGUGCUUCUCACUACAAGGCUAUGGGUGAUAAGAAGGGCAAAGGUCAAUAUCGUAUGAUGAUAAGAAGAAAUAUAGUUAUGGCAGAAAGCUAA